AUGAGCAAUGGAUCAGAAAUGCCGGGUGAGUUUGAUGAUGAGAGCUUCGAGAUUACCCAAAGUACAGAAGAGGCUGGCCCCCUCGCUACGCUGAGCCCGCGGCCAGCACUCGGCACUAAAUGGAAGUCUUCAUCACGAACAGUCGAUGAGACACUCGCCCAAGGACUGUCUAAUGAAGAUCUAUGGAUGUUGAUCAGACGGUUUGACAAGCAAAUCUAUCAUGUGAAAGCGGUUCCUGAUCCGAAAGAGAAUUUGGAUCUUAAUCGCACUGAUAACGAGAGAUUUCCACCAGAGAAACUGCGCAUGACACUGGAGAGAUUCUAUACCUCUGUAGUCGUCGGAGUCACCGAGUUUUUUCGUCAUAUCACUCGACUGCGAUCAUGGAAGGAACCCGUCCGAACGACAAUUUUCUGUGGUGUAUGUUGGCCAGGCCCAUUAAACGAAUGCUGGAAUGUUAAUGUUUUGCAGGGAUACUUUGUUGCUUGGAUUGUGGAUCUCUUGAUUCCAACAACCUUAGGACUUCUCAUCGCCUUGAUAAUGGUCCCGUCUGUUCGGGUAUUGAUGUUCCCUGACCUUGCAAAGAAGGUUGAUCCUACCGGCGAGAGUGGAAGCUCAAGCGGGCAGAUUGAGUCCCAGGACAGUCUUACAGGCGCCCCUGAGAACCAUAAGGGUGAAGCCGCUGAACAGGAGGCCAAAAAUUUCGUUGACAGCUUUGCUGCGGUUGCCAUGAAAAGCGCAGCAGCCAAAUAUGGCCAGACUGUGACCGAAGAGGAGCCGGACAGACGUGCAAUGAUUGAUGGCAUAGAGGCCGCAGAGGCUGCAGCAGGAACCCCGACCGGUGAUGGCCCCGAAGACAAGACCAAGAAACCUAUGAAGAAGAAGGUCUCGCAUGCGACAGAUCAGGUUAUGCGUAUAUUGAGUGAUAUUACUGAUAUUUAUGAAAAGUUUGCCAACCUCCUUUCCCCCACGCCACCUUUCUUUUUGGUCACAUCUAGACUACAAAUUGCAAGCAUAUUCACACUGGUAUCUGUUAUUGUCCCAUUUACAUCAAGCUAUUGGAUCAUUAAGUCCGUUGGCUUUGCGGUUGGAUUAGGCUUCUUUGGUGACCCGAUUUUCGCCUAUACCCUGGACCUACUGAACACCAAAGUUCCCAACUGGAAGGAUCACAUGGAUAUACAGAAGACCCUCUUGGCUGGUGUCCCUACAAAUGCGCAACUUACUUUGACCCUACUACGAAUCGGCGAGAUCAAUUCAUCGCCUCUACCACCCGCCCCAACAACCGAAGAUAACGGGCCAGCAUGGCCCAUCCGCCGCAAAAAGUCACAGGCAGCGAGCUCCACAGACCUCAGCGCACCGGGUUCAUCUGCCGAUCUCCAAUCCACAGACUCCAAUGCACCGAUCCCAAAGAAGAGAUUCGUGUUCAAACUCCUCAAGUUUUUCCGCCGGACAAUUGCCACAGCUAUCAAAGGCCAUAUCGCAUUUGACCGAGCGAUGGCCAUUGCAGGAUCCGCCCAUACUAAGAAUUUGAUUGGAAUGCUGCAACAGCGACAAUUCGGCGGUGCUACUCCUUUCGGACCCCUGAAGUUCGAUGCGAAAUACGAACGCAAGAGAGGUGCAGUAGUCAUUGAUUCAUCUAAGGAGCCUCCCAUAUUGUAUUUUACCACAUAUCAAUCCUCGGGGCUCGAUGAUCUGCGAAUUGAAAGUCGGAAGAAGGGGUCUGUUUUAUUCCAGAUCCCCGUUACUGAGAUCAAGGAAUUGAAAAAGACGGAAGGCUUGGGCUGGAAGGGAAAGUUGAUUGUUGAGUUGACCGCUGGAAGUAAAGAUGCGGCCGAUGGAUUGGUCAUUGGUGGUGAUGAGCUGGGUCAAACUUACCAUCUUACUGGUAUGAGAUCACGGAAUCAGCUGUUCAACCGGCUGAUUGCUAUUGAUGCACAGUUCUGGGAGAGUCGAUGA